AUGCAUUUAUUUGAGGUUUAUGGCGCGUUUUCUGGACAACUCAUUAAUGCCACUAAUAGUAAGUUUUAUACCAGUUCUGUCCCCAUGUCCAAAAUUAUUGCUAUUGCAACUUUAACUAGCUUCAUAUAUGAUAACCUCCCCUUUGUUUAUCUAGGGGUUCCUCUCUUCAAAGGCAGGCCAAAAGCCGUUCAUCUGAGGCCUAUAUUUGACAGGAUCAAAUCUAAGCUGAGUACCUGGCAUGGUAGAUUACUGUCUAUAAUGGGAAGGGCCCAACUUGUUAAUUAUGUGAUCAGCGGCAUGCUUGUUUACACUUUCCAUAUCCAUAGGUGGCCUAAGAUUAUUCUGAAUGAGAUAACUAAAAUCAUAAGGAAUUUUGUCUGGAGCGGAGAUUGUAAUCAACAGAAAAUAUGUACCGUGGCUUGGAAUACUAUGUGUCGACCCAAAGAUGAAGGAGGUUUAGCUAUCAGAGAUCCUUUCAUGGUUAAUAAUGCUUCCCUGCUUCACUUAACUAGGAAGUUUCUCACAUCUCAGGAUCAGUGGGCACAGCUAUGCAGACACAUACUCUUAUCUAAUGCUAAACCCAAAAACCAUUAUAUACACUCCUCCAUCUGGAUUGAUGGGGAAUGGAAUUUGCCUACUUACUUUCAUGUUAAGGAUGACGUUCUUACUAAUAAAAUUCUGCAAACUACCCUUCCCAUUAAGCCAGUUCCUGAUGCGCUUCAAUGGUUAUCUACUACUGAUGGACAUUUGACUAAUAAGCUUACGUAUCUUUUUGUCAGAGGAACAUGCAUAAAGGUUCCCUGGCACAAACUUGUUUGGAAUACUUAUAUUCCUCCCACUAGAGUUUUCAUAUGCUGGCGUUUCAUACACAACAGGUUGCCUACUGAUGAGAACCUGAGGAAGAGAGGUUGCACUAUUGUCUCCAUCUGUUGUUUCUGCAAGAAACAAUUAGAAACUUCGGAUCACAUUUUUCUCCGUUGUCCGGUCACAUCUCAGAUUUGGGAUUGGCUUAACCAGGGAAUUAAUCAGCAGCUUGACUUGUCAUCGUGUCAGAACCUUUUUGUUAAGCAGAAUUGGAGGAGGCAGUACGUUGGUGCAGCAAAUUCUGAUCUCAACCAUCAAAAAUGUCAUAUGGUGCAUAUGGUUAGAGAGAAAUAA